UCCAUCACUUUCAAAUACAAUAACAAAUUGAUUGAGAAUGAAGAGUCCUUGUUUCUACGUGAUUUUGAUUUUCCUGUACAAAGCGAUCACAGUUUCAGAAUCUUUCUUCCAUGCCCACCAUGUUCACGCAUCUUGUUGUGGUGCAAAGAUCAACCCCGACCCACAUGCCGCAGUUUGCUGUGGAGGAGAACUACUGUACAAGGGAACUGGCCUAACUUCUUGUUGUGGGCAAAUCAACUAUAAUAAAAAGACUCACAUUUGUUGCGGUGGUAAGAUCGAACCACGGUUACUAUUUGAGGAGACAAGCUGCUGUGGAACCAGAAUUAUCAAUCCAAGGGAGAAGGUUUGCUGUGGAGGAGAAAUUUUAGAUCAGAUUUCUGGCAGAGUUUCAUGUUGUGGUGGGGUGAACUUCAAUCCCAAGACCCAUAUUUGUUGUGAAAAUGCUGUCAUAGAGCCAUUUAUGCACGAUAGAUCUUGCUGUGGACAAACGAACUACGAUCCUUAUUUUUAUGUGUGUUGUAAAAGAAAACUUCUGCCAAUUUGGACUGGUUUAACCGCUUGUUGUGAUGAUAAAAAUUACAACCCAAAGACCCAUGUGUGCUGUGGUGGUGUUAUUCACGCAAUAAUUGCAAAUCGUACAGCCUGUUGUAAUAAUAAGCCUGUGAAUCCUGCCAUAACUAUAUGUUGUCAAAAUAAUAUUCUUAGUCCGGCCGGAGGAAUGACAGCGUGCUGUGGUGGAACUAACUACAAUCCUUAUACCCAUGUCUGCUGUGAAAACACGAUUUUGGAUGCAAAAGAUGGUCGAAGAUCUUGCUGUCUUAACAAGAAUUAUAAUCGUUUUUCUGAAGUAUGUUGCGCUGGGAAAAUCACCUACGUCGGGUAUGGUGGUGCAAAGGCUUGUUGCGGAGAUAUUCCAUACGUACCCAGAGCUCAGAUCUGUUGCCAUGGCAAUCUCCUGAGCACUCACGGCGGCUUUACAAAAUGUUGUAAUAACAGAAAUUACAAUCCUCACACACAUGCUUGCUGUGCAGAACAAAUAUUGGAUAAGAGAAUGCGUUAUUAGACAUUUAUGCUCAUGGCUUCUCCUUAACCACAAAAGCAAUAGAAUGUAAUCUAUAAUUAUAAAAAAA